GCCCGCCCGCCGCGCCUUUGUCCACUGCGCCAUGGAGCGCCCCGCGUCCCCGCUGCCGCUGGCCCUGCUGCUCGGCGGCCUCGCGCUGCUGGCCCGAGUGGGCGCAGACGUCGCCAUGGAGGCCUGUUGUGCCGAGGGACAGCGCAAGGCCACGCAGCAGAAGGACUGCACGAAGCCCCAGCCCUCGGCGUCCAGAGAGUGCAGGAUGGUAGAGGAGCAGUGCUGCGAGCACCAGGUGGAGGAACUGCACUGCACACGCGGCAUCAGCCUGGCUGGCCAGCAGGACAGCUGCGCCCUGGCCGGCGCCGACAGUGGCAGCCUGGAGGCCGUGGUGGUGAAGAGGUGCUGUCACUGCUGCCUGCUGGGCAGGGCGGCCCAGGCCCAGGGACAGAGCUGUGAGCACAACCUCAUGGUGGGCUACCAGUGCGGGCUGGUGUUCCGCACCUGCUGCGUCAAGGGCCAGGAGGCCUCGGAGCUCAGCCCGGGCCACGUCGCCGAACUCCAGGACACAGCCUUACCUAAGAACCCUGGGACGGAGGAGGACGCGGAGGACCCCUACCUGAAUGACCGCUGCCGAGGCGGAGGGCCCUGCAGACAGCAGUGCCGGGACACGGGGACCGACGUCGUGUGCUCCUGCUUCGUGGGCUACCAGCUGCAGGCGGACGGCGUGUCCUGCGAGGACGUCAACGAGUGCAUCACGGGGACCCACACGUGCCGGCUGGGCGAGUCGUGCAUCAACACGGUGGGCUCCUUCCGCUGCCAGCGCGAGAGCAGCUGCGGCACGGGCUACGAGCUCACAGAGCACAACGACUGCAAAGAUAUUGACGAGUGUGAGACUGGUAUUCAUAACUGCCUCCCCGAUUUUAUCUGUCAGAAUACUCCGGGAUCCUUCCGCUGCAGACCCAAGCUUCAGUGUAAAAGCGGCUUUAUACAAGAUGCUGUAGGGAACUGCAUUGACAUCAACGAGUGCCUGAGCCUCAGUGCCCCCUGCCCCACGGGCCAGACUUGCAUCAACACGGAGGGCUCCUACACCUGCCGGAAGAACGUGCCCACCUGUGGCCGCGGCUACCACCUCAACGAGGAGGGCACUCGCUGCGUGGAUGUGGACGAGUGCUCACCGCCCUCAGAGCCCUGUGGGCCGGGCCACCUCUGCACCAACACCCUUGGGAGCUUCCGCUGCGAGUGCCAGGCCGGCUACUACUUUGACAGCGUCAGCAAGACCUGUGUGGACAUCAACGAGUGUCACCGCUACCCCGGGCGCCUGUGCGGCCACAGGUGCGAGAACACGCUGGGCUCCUACCGCUGCAGCUGCAGCACCGGCUUCCGCCUGGCCGCCGACGGCCGCUCGUGCGAAGACGUGAACGAGUGUAGCAGCAAUCCCUGUGGCCAGGAGUGCGCCAACGUCUACGGCUCCUUCCACUGCUACUGCCGGCGUGGCUACCAGCUCAGCGACGUGGACGGGGUCACCUGCGAGGACAUUGACGAGUGCGCGCUGCCCACCGGGGGCCACAUCUGCUCCCAUCGUUGCGUCAACGUCCCCGGGAGCUUCCAGUGCAGCUGCCCCUCCGAGGGGUACAGGCUGGCCCCCAACGGCCGCAACUGCCAGGACGUGGACGAGUGCGUCGCAGGCGUGCACAACUGCUCCGUCAACGAGACCUGCUUCAACAUUCAGGGCGGCUUCCGCUGCCUGUCCUUCCAGUGCCCCGAGAACUACCGCCGCUCCACAGACACGCUGCGCCAGGCGAGGACGGACGCCGUGCGCUGCAUCAAGUCUUGCCGCCCCCACGACGUGGCCUGCAUGCGGGACCCCGUGCACACCUACUCACACACCGUCGUCUCCCUGCCCACCUUCCGCGAGUUCACCCAGCCCGAAGAAAUCGUCUUCCUGCGGACGCUCACGCCACCGAGCCCCGCCAGCCAGGCCGACGUCAUCUUCUACAUCACCGGCGGGAACCCGCGCGAGACCUUCGACGUCAUCAAGCGCUACGAGGACGGCAUGACCGUGGGGGUCGUCCGCCAGGUCCGGCCCAUCGUCGGCCCGUUCCACACCGUCCUCCAGCUGGAGAUGAACUACGUCGUGGGCGGCACCAUGUCCCAGAGGAACGUCAUCAACGUACACAUCUUCGUCUCCGAGCACUGGUUCUGAGGCCGCCCGCGCUGGGGCCCCCUCGCCCGCCUGUCCCGUGGCCUGCGUCCGGCUGGAACCCAGCCCCCCUCCCGGUCAGCGGUCACUCUCGGCUUCCUCUCUCCGCCCCGUGGGUCUCAGGCCCCGGUGAAGGAGAAGCAGAGAACGACACACACACACCCCAGCCCCACCCAGGGGGCAGCCAGUCCAAAUGCCAGGGGGCCAGUUCGUGCCCCGUCCUACGGAAUUUGACAUUUGGCGCUUUUUUGCCAUCAAUCCUCGUUCCCUAAGCCUCCGGGCAG